AUGGCACCGCAAGAUUCCUUCAUAGAAGAAGAAGAAGAUGUCUGCCCUCUGUGCAUCGAGGAGUUCGAUCUAUCGGAUCGAAAUUUUCGGCCUUGUCCAUGCGGCUACCAGGUCUGCCAGUUCUGCUUCAACAAUAUUAAGAACAACAUGAACGGCCUGUGUCCGGCUUGCAGACGGCCGUACGAUGAGAAGACGAUAGAAUGGAAGGUGGUUACUCAGGAAGAAGUUGCCGAGUUUCGCGCCAACAUUCAGAAGAACCAAAAGAAGCGAGCACAGGAGCAACGACAAAAAGAAGUGCAAAAACGCGAAGCCGAAAAGGAGAAUCGUAAAAACCUUGUCGGCGUCCGAGUCGUUCAGAAGAACCUAGUCUAUAUCACUGGACUAGCACCAACGGUGCGUGAAGACGAACUGCUCAAGACUCUACGAAAACCCGAAUUUUUCGGUCAGUAUGGCAAUAUUCAGAAAAUAUCCAUAAGCAACCGCAAAAGUCCAGAUGGGCAACAUCAUUCACUUGGCAUCUACGUAACGUUCGAAAAGCCCGAGGAAGCAACGAAAUGCAUCAUCGCAGUAAACGGUUCUCAGAAUGGCGACCGUAUAUUGAAAGCUCAACAUGGUACCACCAAGUAUUGCUCUGCCUGGCUGAAGAACGAAAAGUGUAAUAAUCCUGGUUGCAUGUUCCUUCACGAGCAAGGAGAUGAGGAGGAUAGCUACACCCGGCAAGAUCUCUCAUCUAUGAACAGUAUCCAUACACAAAGGCCAUUACCAGGUGGUGGCGGAGGUUCAUCUCGCGCAGUUUCCCGACAACAUCUUCCGCACCCCACCCCUCCUCCUCCUGCUUCGCAACCGAUGGUGCGUACUAUUAGUAGAGAUGGCUCUGACAAUGGCAUUGACUCAUCUGCACUGCCGUCGUCUGCAAACUGGGCUAGAAAUCCUCAGCGCAGUCGGAGAGGUAGUUACGCCACUAGCGGUGCAGCGUCCAGUCCGGCUAUUUCCAUGUCGCUUCCAGCAACAACGGAGGCUACCCAAGAGGCUGUAGACGACGCCGAUGUCUCACCUGCUCAGUCUGUCGCGAACAAAGGCAAACAACCAUACGGGACGCAGCCUCAAGCCUCCACCUCCGCUCAGGAGGAGAAGGAGCAGCGGUCGCCCAAAACAACGGACAGUGCUGUCGCUGCUCUAUUGAAGACCCUGGGAGAUUGCAAGCUGCCAGUCUUCACUACCGCUAAUGCUAGUGAUGAUACUCAUCCACCCAUGUUUGAUAUCCGAGGUGGCGAGAAGCGAAGGGCUAUGAGAGAGGACGAAGAGUCGCGAAUCGACCAGGAAGACCAGACUGAAACACAUACACCAUCUGAAGGCGAACCCGAAACUGGGGGCAGUCUUGCUCUUGGCGGCGAACCUGAGGACCGAGAGCUCGGUAGGGAUGUCCACGGUUUUGAUCAACGACAGUCUAGCACCCAACCUCCGAUUCAACGUGGGAGUACAGACGGGCUCUAUGGCGCACCAUCGAGUGGCUCCAGCUUUCCUCAGGGCUCUGGUAAUAUUAGUAGAGUCAUGACACCGCAACAGCUGGCGUCACUUCGAUUGCAGGCUGGCUACACGGACCAAAUGCCGCCCGGUAUCUCUGCCCAGAAUCCGUUUCAAAAUUCGGGCCAUAACCGCCAAUCCUCGCGAUUCAACUUCGCCAACGAUGCUGGGAACUCUACUACCAAUAUCAAACUGGCUGCUAAUCCUAGGAUCAUGGCUCAGCAGUCGUCCAUGAUGCCCAGCUCUUUCCAAUCACAGUCGAGCAACCAGUUCUACGCCACAUCUAUGCCUGGCCCUCCGCCUGGCCUUAAGUCUACAGGCACACCGCCAAGUAUGUUUGGUCAGGGUUUCGGCACUGGCUCAGGAUUUGGCGGAGCCCACAAGGAUUCCUCUAACGAUUUACUCCAAACUCUCAUCGGCCGCAAUCGAGGAGGCAGCACCCAGCCUCAAGAUGUUGGAAAGCGUGAGUACAUGAUUUCUUCUUUCUCAAACCAGUACCCACCACCCUCUACCUCCACCCCAGCUCCUGCUUCUGGCCUCCUGGCAUCGCUCUACGGCAACCAUCCUGGAGCAUUCCAAGACUUUGGGUCGAAGCAGAAGAAGAAGGGCAAGAAGCACAGACAUGCUAACACUUCCUCCUCAGGGGGGAGUGGCUUAGUAGAUCUUGCCGACCCGAGUAUCCUGCAGGCAAGAAUGCAGCAGCAUCAGUCACAGAGCAAUGCCGGAGUUGCCGGGCAACAAGGACUGUUCGGUGGUGGUCAGAGCCAAGGUGGGUACAAUCCUAACAUGAUGUAUAACACCGGCUACGGGCGUUGGUAG